AUGGGCCACAUAAACAUGAUGGACGAUGUCAUCAUCGGCAAUCUUCCUCCCGAGCACAUCCGCUCCGUCGUGCGGUCACUGCUAUCAACCGGCCCUGAAGUUCAGGCGGUAUUCCGUGAUAGCGUGCGACAAAGACUGCGAGAUUUCCCCCCUGGCUUGCCACCGCCGAACGAGCUAUUUCCCUUUCCGGAUAUGGUGUCGCCCGCCUGCGCAGACUACCUGGCGGUUAUUCGAUGCACAUUCUCCGCCAAGUUGGUGAUAGAGGCCGUGCCAAGUAUGUGCCAUGUUAUCGAGGCUGUUCCCAGAGCCAAGGCAAGCUGGGUGUCCGGGUCGCCGCUCGAUCAGAUGCUGGAGCGUGUAGACGGCGACGUGGUACAGGCCAUGCAGGCCAUCAAAGAAGUAUCUCCCUCGGCCGCCGAACUGGAGACAUCCCUAGACGCGAUGUUUGCAGCCUUGGCCAAAUGCCAGAGUUACUGCGAAGCCGCGGGUCUCAGGUAUCCCUUUCAGCGCGGCACGAGACAAGUCCAAGAUACUGCAUCACUUUUACUGCCCAGCAAGCAGCUUGCCAAGGCCAUUGGUAUCGGUGCACUAGACGUGAAGCUUCCAACGUCUUCCGAAGUAGAAACGUUCAGAAUAGGCGAGCGAGAGCUCCCACGGCUCUUCAACGGUCUGUGGCAGAUGGCCUCGCCGGAAUGGGGCUCCUCGAGCGCCGAGCAGCAGGAACAAGCACUCGCCACGCUGGUAGAGUCUGGGUUUACAGCGUUUGACAUGUCGGACCACUAUGGCGAUGCGGAGCUCGUGUGUGGGGACUUUCGCGCGCGACUCCCAGAAGAGGUCAGGAACGCGACGUACAUGGCCACAAAGUGGUGCGUGUUCCGCGACAUCCAGACGCCGGUGACGACGGACUGGGUGCUGAGCCAGGUGAAGGAGCGCUGUCGUCGGCUGAGUGGUCGAGCUGACAUGCUGCAAUUUCAUUGGUACGAUUACGAGAAAAAAGAGUAUUUGGAUAUCCUCGUUGAGCUAGUCAGCAUCACCAAAUCCCACCCCGAGCUCGUCACCGACAUUGGUCUCUGCAACUUUGACUCGCAGCACACCGCCGAAGCAUGCGAGUACCUCCUUGCCAAGACUGGCUCCGUCGGCCUCGUCUCCAACCAAGUCCAAUUCUCCGUCCUCGACUCCCGGCCCCUCAAGGAAAUGGUGCACGUCUGCGCCAAGUACAACAUCAAGCUCCUCACCUACGGCUCCUUUUGCGGCGGAUUCCUCGCCGACAAGUGGCUUAACCACCCCGCGCCACCCGACAGCUACGGCGGCCUCACGCCCUCGCAGCGCAAAUACCUCGAUACUCUGCAUACAUGGGGCACGUGGACAGAGUUCCAGGAGCUUCUCGCUGUGCUUGAAUCUGUGGCGGGGAAGCGCAGUGUCGGCGUCGCUAAUGUAGCGGCCCGAUGGGUGCUGCAGCAGAAGGCGGUCGGCGCGGUCCUGGUCGGCACGCGGCUAGGCGUGUCUGCGCAUGGUGCUGAUAACAUAGCUACGUUUGGCUGGGAGCUGACGGAAGAUGAGAUCGCGGCGAUUAAUGCUGGGGCGCUGGGUGAAAAAGGCGAAAAAACAGAUGCUGUAUUCGCCAGCAUGGGUGAUUGCGGACAAGAGUAUAGAAAUAUGCAUAAAUAG